AUGAUCACCCCCUUGCAUACCGUCGUGCUAGUAUCCGCUCUUGUGUCUACUACCGUGCAGGCAGAUACACCUGAAACCAAUGUAGACUCGUCGCAACAUGUCGACGCUCUGAGUGCCAAUCCUCACCCGAUUUUCCGCUAUGAAAAUGGCGUCUGGGACCCGAGAUAUAAUGAGGAUGAUCGUCGUGUAUUACUUGAUAUUAUUAAAUCUACUGAGGAUAUGAAUAUCACGUUAACGGCAAUGCCACCGCUUUUAACGGACGGUGAGGAUCUCGUAAUUACCUGGAAUGGUGUAAAGAAUCCGCAUCACGAGGACUUUUUGGGUCUCAGCUGUGGUCCAAAGGCUCAUGCCAAUGAUUUUCUAAUGAAAAUCGGUAUCACAGACGCCAAUGGACCAGGAGCAGAUGUUCGGAACCUUCCGACGUCUGUACGUUUCCCAUCGCUCUAUAUGAUGCGCUGCAACUACGUUGUCGAGUAUUUCAGUCUCCAGCCUAAAGGAAACGUCUUUAUACCUCUUGCUAAUGUACAAGUUGGAAUGGUUGAAGCACUUACUGCUCCUAAACAUGGACAUAUUGCUCUGACAGAGAAUGCUGAUGAAAUGUCGGUGAUGUUUAAUUCAGCAUCACAGGAGACGCCUGUAGUCAAAUACGGUCUUGACUAUACUACGUUGAAUCAACGUGCCGAGGGCACGUCGAAGACCUAUUCUGCUGCUAAUAUGUGCGGUGAACCAGCGAAUCUGAUUAGUCAGCAAUGGUUCCGUGACCCGGGCAAUAUGCAUACGGUCAUUUUGAAAGGACUGACACUGGGAACAAGAUACUUUUACAAAUUUGGUAGCGAAAAAGACGGCUGGAGCUCGGUCUACUCGUUUAUGAGUCGCCCGGAUAAAUCUGUAAAAUCCGCCAAGUUUAUUGCUUACGCCGACAUGGGCGUUGAAUUUGCGCCUGCGGCGAUCUCAACGGCCGUGCGUGCGUUUCAAAAUGUAAUGAACGGUUAUGACAGCUUCCUCUUGCACUUUGGUGACAUUAGCUAUGCUCGGGGUCAUGCAUACAUUUGGGACAAAUUUUUCCACAUCAUUGAGCCGUACGCUACAAGAGUUCCGUACAUGAUUAGUAUCGGCAACCAUGAAUAUGAUUAUAUGACGGGUGGCGCUAACGAUCCCAGUGGAGCUACGAGAGCGGACGGGGAGAUGGACUUUCAGCCAGAGUGGGGUAAUUACGGCGAGGACUCGUCAGGCGAAUGUUCAGUGCCGAUGUUCUACCGUUGGUCUGCUCCUGCCACUGGCAAUGGCAUCUAUUGGUACUCUUUCGAUUACGGUGGGAUUCACGUCAUCCAGAUUUCAUCGGAGCACGACUGGCGCCGUGGAUCGAAACAGUACAAAUGGUUGGAGAAUGAUCUGAAGAGUGUGAAUCGGAGUGAGACACCGUGGAUCGUUCUCACGGCUCACCGGAUGAUGUACUCAACACAGAUCGGCGACGACGCUGACUACAAGUUAUCUGAACACUUUCGUGCUGAGGUUGAGGACCUGCUUUGGGAGUACAAGGUCAACCUAAUGAUGGUGGGUCACCAGCACUCGUACGAACGCAGCUGUGCAGUGCGCAACGGGAAGUGUACGGAAGAUGGCAAUGGGCCCGUCCACAUUGUGAUUGGAUCCGCAGGCGCGAACUUGGAGGAGCAAGGUUUUUCGAACAACUUAGGCGAAUGGAGCGUGAGUCACGUGGGUAAAUGGGGCCACCUUCGCAUCGACUCGACCGAGGAGUCCAUGAAGGUGCAGUUCGUUUUAAAUUGCAAUGGUGUCGUCUACGAUGAGGUCUGUUUGACUCCGUGGAAGUAA